AUGGAAGUUGUCGAAUCUUUGGCCGAGCCAGUGAGCUCCGUACGCGUCGAAAAUUACUUCUUCUUACUCGCAAUCACAAUCCUUUAUUAUGAUCAUUUUCUAACACUGGAUCAAGAAAUAUGUGCUAUAUGGAAACGCCAGACGAAAUUCAACUGGGGUUGCUACCUGUUUCUGAUCAAUCGCUACGUUUCCUUCUUCGGCGAUAUCGUUGCUGCAGUUUCGUUAUUUUAUCCUUCGUUUAGUAUCUCGAGGUCUGCCUUUCUGGUCAAAAUCAUCAUCCAAGCCGUCAUUGGUGUCACUAUUAGUUUGCGGGUCUACGCGCUAUAUGGGUGCAACCGUCGCCUGCUUGUGAUUUUCAUGACUGUAAUAGUCAUCGCCUUCAUAACCUAUAUGGUCCUCUUUGCCGCGGCUGAUCCAGAUCCAUCCUCGAGUCCGGUAUACGGAUGUCACUCGAUUUGUGAUGCGGCGAGCGCGUCAAAGCUUGUAGCAGGAUGGGGAGCAAUCUUGUUCUUUGACGCCGUGCUUUUUGGCAUGACACUGUUCAAGGCUCAUCAAUUCAAGAAAGACUUCGACAAGGUCAAGGUCGAGAUGUUUUCGAGCACCGGUUCACCAUCGAUUCGUUCUAUUAUCACACGAGACGGUUCUAUCUACUUUGCUGGCAUGGCCCUCGCAAACCUCGUAAACAUUGUCGAUUUCUACUAA